UUGUUUUUUGACAUUUGUCGUUGCUUACUUUCUUCGCUAAUUUCGAGCGCUCUUCAUUUUCUUUCGCAUUUUAUCGACGCAUAAAAUUGGCAGCGUUUUGGAAAUGUCGGGCUUAAAUUUAACCGUACGCGUACACCCCGUGGUGCUUUUCCAGGUAGUGGAUGCAUAUGAGCGUCGCAAUGCAGAUUCACAUCGUGUUAUUGGAACUUUGCUUGGCUCUGUUGAUAAGGGCGUUGUUGAAGUAACUAAUUGCUUCUGCGUACCGCACAAGGAACAUGACGAUCAAGUGGAGGCUGAGCUAAGUUAUGCUUUAGAUUUGUAUGACUUGAAUCGAAAAGUGAAUCCUAAUGAAAAUGUUGUUGGUUGGUGGGCUACUGGCAACGAGGUUACUAACCAUAGCUCCGUAAUUCACGAAUAUUAUGCGCGUGAGUGCAACAAUCCUGUGCAUUUGACUGUGGAUACAUCAUUGCAAGGUGGACGUAUGGGUUUGCGUGCCUAUGUUUGUAUACAGUUGGGUGUACCCGGUGGCAAAACAGGCUGCAUGUUUACCCCAAUCCCCGUUGAGGUGACCUGUUACGAACCUGAAACUUUCGGAUUAAAGCUGUUGCAAAAAACGAUUGGUGUAUCACCACCACAUCGUCCUAAAACCGUUUCACCAAUGCUGGACUUGGCACAAAUUUCGGAGGCAUCCCAAAAAUUGCAGGGCUUGCUCGAUCUUAUACUGAAGUAUGUAGAGGAUGUAAUUGCGCACAAACAACCUCCAGACAAUGCAGUGGGCCGGCAACUACUCGACCUCAUACACUCUGUUCCACACAUGACACACGAACAAUUCACGCAGAUGUUCAACGCCAACGUACGUGACUUGCUGAUGGUAAUCACAUUGUCGCAACUGAUCAAAACCCAACUACAAUUGAAUGAGAAAUUGACUUUCCUACCAACAAAUUGAAUUUAAACGGAUCAACUAGUUUAAAAUUAUUUUUAUAAUUUACAAGUUUAAUAUUUUAGAUUUUCGAGCAUUUGGAGGAAGAGAGUGCGCGCAGAAGUUAUAGUGAAGGCUUCAUAAUGGUUGACCCUAAAAAUGAUAGUAAAAUAUUUAAAUAUAUUUGUAUGCUGCGUGCAAGAA